CGAACGUCACCCCUGUGCCAGUACGACACGGCGGAUGUUCCUCGGAGGACUCGCCGUUUGCGCUUGAUAAUAUGGAACAUUGUUGUACCGUUCUCGAUCGACGACGAGAUCGAGGAAUUCCUGAGACAAGAAAGCGAUGCGCAGCCUUGCUCGCAAGCUACUAGUAUGGCCGGCGUUAGUGCUGUCCUUCCUGGUGGCCUGUCGUUUGCUGUUCGGCCGCGACUUUCGAUUGCCGACGACGACGAUCGUUUUUCACGACGACGGUAGUAUCUCGAUGCCCAGCGGUGAUCACGCAAAUUCGCAGCAAGACUCCAAACCGCCCACCUAUGCGGCAGGCAUGUACAUGGCGGGUCGACGACCCCGGAACGAAAGUGUUUGCAGGUGGUAUCACGGCCUGCCGGAUGUCCUUUCUUAUCCACCGUCCAGACUCACUUGGAGCCCCGAGAUCGGUGAAAAGAGCCCUUACAGGGUCCUACCGUUCGUGUUGCGCGGUGCCACCGAAGCGACAGACGGGUUGCCCCAGGUCACGCUGUCCACCCACGCCACCGCCGAUCAGGUUUACGGGAUCGUGGAGCUGGCCAGACGAUGGGAGGGACCUCUCAGCCUGGCGGUGUUCGCGCCGGGCCUCGACGCCGGCCUCGCUGUCGCUCAGCUUGAUCGGGCCUGUCGGUGCGAGCCUGCCAUGUACAAGGUCUCCGUCCACCUGGUGUUUCCGGCCGGUCGACCUCCCGCUUUGAGUGCGAUCAGUCCAGGCGAUGCUCGAGGCGACUGCGCCGCUUCCGAUCUUCAGUGGAGACAAGCCGAGACCGAGAGGCGAAAGAGGAGCAUGACGUAUCCGAUCAACGUCGCCCGGAACGUGGCCAGGACGACGGCAAACACGUCCUGCGUGCUGGUGUCGGACAUCGAGCUGCUGCCGAGCGCGCGGCUGGCUUCCGGUUUCAUGGACAUGAUACAUCAGAGGCCGCCCAAGGUCGGCGUAGUCUUCGUCGUGCCCGUCUUCGAGAUAGAGUCCAAUGAACCGCCACCGGCGACAAAGCGCGAGCUCCUCACCGCAUGCCGAGCCGGUCUAGCGGUGUAUUUUCAUAGAUUCCUCUGUCCGCACUGCCAGCGAUUUCCCGGACUGACCAGGUGGCUGAUCAGACCCGAUCCAGGCAGGAUUCGACCGUUGAUCAUCACCAAAAGGGAAUAUCCGCAUCACAGGUGGGAGCCGGUUUUCAUCGGUACCCGCGAGGAUCCGCUCUAUACGGAAGAGAUGUCCUGGGAAGGAAAACAGGAUAAGAUGGCUCAGAUGUUCGAGAUGUGUCUUCUGAAUUAUCGGCUAGUUGUGCUCGAUGGUGCCUUUUUAGUGCAUACUCCGGGAAUCAAGCGGAAAACGCACAAGAUCAUUACGGCUACGCAGGAGUUCUUCCGGCCACAUGAGAGGCGAAACGCCAGGAUUUAUCAGCGCGUCACAAAACGUCUGAUCAAACAAUAUCCGAUUAAUCGUAGAUGCGCACAAUGAGAUGAUAAUCCUUUUCUUCCUGAAAAAAAAAGAUAGAAUUAGAAAGAAAUAAAGAAAAAGAGCACGCGGUG